AUGAAGACAGGUCUCUUUUGUAAUGUCCAAAUACUAUCUGUGCUCAGUUUAUUUAUUUUUUUCUCCAUAACAGGUAUAAUUGUGACUUCAUGGCCUAAUAUGGACAGAGAAGCCAGAGAGACAUAUCUGGUUGUGGUUCAAGUGGAAGAUAUGCUCGGACUCACUGGAGGCUACAGUGCCACAACCACGGUGACCAUCAGCCUGAUGGAUGUUAAUGACAACGGACCAACUUUCCAGCACAAUUUGUACACAUUUGCUAUAUCAGAGUCAGCACCAGUGGGUACCACAUUGGGAAGAAUAAUGGCAGAUGAUGGUGAUGUUGGUCUGAACGCUAAAAUGAACUACAGCUUAGAAGAUCUUGAGGAGAGCAGCACCUUCACAAUCCAGACAGACCCUGACACUCAAGAGGGGAUUGUCAUACUGGCUCAGCCACUGGAUUAUGAGACCAAGAGGCGGUUCGUCAUUGCUGUAGAAGCCAUCAAUGCAAACAUAGACACACGUUUUAUGAAUGCAUAUGAGUUUCAUGACAGGACAACAAUCAAAAUCACUGUGACAAAUGUAGACGAACCACCCAUAUUUUAUGAAACACCUUAUAAUUGGAAAGUUCUAGAAAGUGCCCAAAUAGGCACUCAAGUUGGUACAGUCUACGCUAAAGACACUGACACAAACAACAAUGACAUAAGAUACAGCAUUUUAAAGAGCAGUGACACACGACAGAUGUUCAAAAUUGAUCCAAGUAAUGGGACAGUGUAUGUGGCCUACCUUUUGGAUCGAGAAACAGCAGCCUGGUACAACUUGACCAUCGACGCCAGAGAGAACAGUGAUGAGCAGCUGUCCUCUUCAGUGUCUUUGCACAUAACACUCCUUGACAUCAAUGAUAACGUGCCCACCUUGUCACAAGACUAUCAGCCCUAUGUGUGUGAGGAUACACAGGCAGGAGAGCUAAUUGAGUUGAUCAGUGCCACUGAUGCAGAUGAUCCUGUAGACGGCCAUCAUUUCUAUUUCUCCAUGAUCCCAGACAAACACAUCAACCCGAACUUCACCAUCAGAGACAACCAAGAUAACACAGCUAGCAUUCUGGCACGGCGGAGCACCUUCACCCAACAUGAUCGCACACACUACCAUCUUCCUGUGGUGAUCAGAGACAGCGGUUCCCCCAUUCUGUCCAGUACCACCACUCUUACCAUCAGAGUGUGUGCAUGUCAGCCUACAGGUUACUGCCCAUCGGGUGGCUUGGAAGUCUCUCUGGAUGUCAGCAUGCAGAUUUUACUUGGCCUGUCUGUUUGUCUUAUCAUACUUGCAGUGCUGUCCACACUAAUGCUAGCUAUGCGAAAGUACAAGACAUUACGGCAGGAGAAAAUGGCAACACAAGAGUUGGAAACAGUGGAGUUCUCAGAGAAAAUCUUGAGUUUUACCAUCCCAGAUAUACAGUCCACCCAACCAGUUCCUCUCCGGCACCCAUGUCGGCGAGAGCGAAAGCUCUGUCGGGAGGAGGUCACCACCAGUAUCCGCAUGUCUCUGCGUCACUCUCACCUCAUUGGACCAGAAGACACAGUCUUUCAACAGUUUAUUAUGGACCGGCUGGAUGAGGCAGAUGAAGACCCAUAUGUUCCACCCUUUGACUGUAUGCACACUUAUGCCUUUGAAGGGACAGGGUCUGUAACGGGCUCACUCAGCUCACUGGAGUCUGCCAUAUUUGACCCUUGCAUGUUUCAGACUCAUGAUGCGGGGCCACAUCUCCUGCCAUUGUCACCCUGGCUGGGAGCAGCAGCAGAUGAAAUUUCAUUCUGACCUGAGGAUAACAAAAGGAUUCCAAGGUUUUUAUUUUAUUUUAUUUUUUAUAUACCUACCAAUACUGGAACUACAUAUUUUAGGGGUCAAAACAGAGUAGGUUCUUGAACUCUAUUCUUCUUCUUCUGCUACUACUAC